AUGCGGCUCAAAGGGGCAGCAGCAUUCUUUUACUUCUGCUGCUGCUGCUGCUGCUGCAAUGGCGAGCUGCUGCUGGGCAGCAGCAGCCGCAGCAGCUGGUCACUGUCAUGGAAGCAGAAUUCAGCAGCAGCAGCAGCAGUAAAGUCUAAGUCUCCCGCUUUUCUGCUGUCGCCACACUCAGCAGCAGCAGCAACAACAACAACAGCAGCAGAAGCAGCACGACAGCAGCAAAGGCCAAUAUACUUCCGUCAAUAUGCCUCAGCAAGUGACACAGGGGAUACUACAGAUACAAGAAGCAGCAACAGCAAGAGCAGCAGCAGAAAAAGCAGCAAGAGCAGCAGCAGCAGCAAGAAUGCCCGCACAGCCUCCAGCAGAUCUUCCCGCAGCAGCAGCAGCAGCAGCAGCAGCAGCAAACGGGGAGUCCGGGGCAGUAAAGGUAGCGCUGCUACCACUCCCCCUCCCCCUCCCACCAGCAGCAGCAGCAGCAUCAGCAACGACACCAGCAGCAACAACGACACCACCAGCAGCAUUAACGACAGCAGCAGCAGCAGCAACGACAACAGCAGCAGCAACGACAACAGCAGCAGCAGCAGCAGCAGCAGCAGCAGCGAGAAAUUGUCUACAACAUUAUAUCGUCGUGGGUGCUGGGAGGAUUUCGGUAUACCAACAGUUCCUAAUAUUCGUACUAUAAGACCUCUUGAAGAACCACCACUUCCUCGUCUACCAUUAAAGUAUUGGAGCGAGACUCGUUGUAUUUCAUCGGAUUGGCGUCAUUAUCCUCUAUAUAUGGAGUUAUUUAACCAAACUGUCUUAGACCCUGCAAUUUAUAACAUUCCCGAGCCCAGCAGCAGCAGCAGCGACAGCAGCAGCAGCGACGGCAGCAGCGACAGCAGCAGCAGCGACAGCAGCAGCAGCAGCAAGAAAGAUGAAGGAAUAUUUCCUCCUAUUCAGCUACGAGGAGAUUGGGAACCAGAAAGAGAUCGUCUUGGUCUUGGAUAUGGAGAUGCCCGUAUCUUCGAGGAUUGGCCUUCUUGGGACCCUACAUUUACUCUGCAAGUGACAGAAGCAACAAACCUCACCAUUGUUCCCCAGACGGGUGAAUACUAUCAAAAAUUAUAUAUAGGCCCAUUGCCAUUAGGAGGAGGAUGGACAUUAGGCUCAUUAAUAAAAAGUUUUGCCUUACAUCGUGGUCCUGGGCAUGCAGUAACUGGGGUGUAUCUGCACCAUCCAGAUACUCAUGAUGCUGCCGCUGCUGCUGCUGCUGCUGGAGGGGAGGGUGGCAGCAGCAGCAGGAAGGAGCAUCAUGGAAUAGCUGAAAGAAGAGAAGCAAUUGCUGCUCUACAGGCUGCUGCAGCACCAAAGGAAACAGCAGCAGCAGCAGCAGCGGCAGCAGAAGCAGCAGCACCGGAGAGGACCCGAUGCGGCAGGUAUCAAGGGGCACAUUCUGUACCAGGGAUGAGGGAGGAUCUUAUAGAGCUUGCUCUUAAUCUUAAAGGGGGUUUGUGUACAGUUGGCGUUACGUUCGUCUAUUCCCUUCCUACGUACACGAAUAAGAGCCUCUACCGUGAAGAGGAAGGGUUUACCUACCGCCUAUUCAAACGCAAACACUUAUCGCCCCCUCCUGUCAAACAGCAGCAGCAGCAGCAGCAGCAAGUGCAGCAGCAGCAAAUGCAGCAGCAGCAGGAGCUGGAGAUGUACCCAACCAGCUGCUGCUUCAGCCCCUGCCAUAGAAUGCGUAUUGCUGUCCACAAGCUCAUGGGCACGCGUUGGUGUCACGAGCGUAUGGAGUGUCCUGAUCCUAAGGAGCAACUAGUAGUAGAGAUUUGGUCUUCUCCUAAGAAUACCCCCAAGGAGGUGUUGCUGCAUGCAUUAUUAGAGAUAGAAGAAGCAACAAAGGCAGCAAAAAGACAAUUAGAAGAAAAUAAUAAUUAUGAGGAAGAAGAAAGGAUGCUUAAAGAGGGUUGGGAGAAAAUAUCUAAACACCGAGAAGAAGAAAGACAACAAGAAAUAAAGGGGGGGCCCCCUCUCUAUAUCUUGGGGCCCCGAGGUCAACUGUUGCCUGCAAGCCCUGAUGAGGAAUCUAAACCCUCGUUUCCUAUGACUGCUCCUCCGCCUCCUGAACUGCUCCCUGAAGCCUGGCUGCGGCAACAACUGCAGCAGCAGCAGCAGCCCGAGCAGCAGCAAGACCAGCAGCAGGAAGCUGGCCAGCAACACGAGCAGCAGGAGCAUCAACAGGAGCAGCAGGGAGAGCAACAGCAAGAGCAGAAGGAAGAACAGACGCAAGAGCAGCAGCUGAUGCAGCAACUGCAGCAGCUGCAGCAACAGGUGCAGCAGCAGCAGCAAGAACAGGCAGGAGGCAACCCUGAUGAUGUGCUGCUGGAGGAUUUAGGUUUGCCUCCACAGGCUCUAAAGGGUCUCCAUGAGUGCGAAGUACGUACACUGGGAGAUGUCAGCCUUUACUCAAUGCAGCAGCUGCUGCGUAUCCCUGGGGUUACUGUUGGAGCAGCAACUUUGCUGCAGCAGCUGCUGGAGCACCGCUUUGAUAGGGAACUAGCCCCUGACUAA